GCAAGAAAUUUAGUUGGUUUUGCUGAUAUAAAAGAUCUUGGAGAAGAAGGUAUUCUUGGAGUGAAAGAUGUAGUUAGAAUAAAAGGUUUUGACAAUCUUGUUAAGGUAGGAGGUCUUGGAAGCUUUGUUGGAGUAGAUCUUGGAAGUCUUGUUAGAGUAGGUCUUAGAAGCCUUGUUAGAGUAGGUUUUGGAAGCCUUGUUAGAGUGAAAAAUCAUGAAAGUCUUGUUGGAGAUUUUGUUGAGAUAAAAAAUCUUGUUGUAAUUCAGGAUCUCAUUAAAAUAAAAUAUUUUUAA